AUGCCGCUCUUCUUCCGCAAGAAGAAACCCAGCGAUGAUGCUCGGAAGCGCCUUGAAUACCAAAUGUGCCUGGCAAAGGAAGCUGGUGCUGAUGACAUUCUUGACAUAUCCAAGUGUGAACUCUCAGAGGUUCCUUAUGGGGCCUUUGCAACUUGUAAAGUCUUGCAAAAAAAGGUGCUGAUUAUCCAUACGAAUAAUCUGACAUCUUUAGUUCCAAAGUCCUGCAGCCUCCUGAGUCUCAUAACGCUGAAGGUUCUAGAUCUGCAUGACAACCAGCUGGCAUUGCUGCCUGCUGACAUUGGCCAGCUGACAUCUCUUCAGGUCCUAAACCUUGAAAGGAAUCUUUUAAAAUGUCUUCCACACUCUAUAGGAGACCUUGCCCAGCUCCAGAUGCUCAGUGUGAAAGGUAACAAGCUGAAGGAGCUGCCCGCUACAGUGAGCGGCUUGCGGAGUUUGCGCACACUGGAUAUCAGCGAGAACGCGCUGCAGGAGCUGCCGCGGGUGUUGGCUCACAUCCGCACGCUGGAGACGCUGACCUUGGAUGCUUCUUCCAUGACCUACCCACCGCCUGAUGUUUGCGGGGCAGGUACGGAGUCCAUUCAGCAGUUCCUCUGCAAAGAGUGUGGAAUUGCGUACUAUCCUCCCUCGCAGUAUCCGCUCCCCGCGCUGGAGAGUGAUGGAGGAGGGACGUCAGGGGAUGGGGUGGACGGGGCAGUGCAGAAGUACUUGGAGGAGGAGAGCAAGUGGCAGAACAAAUUCUUGGAUUAUGAGAAGAGGAAGGAAAAAAAAAUGCAGGAGAAGCUGGAAUUUGAGUGGCGCCUGAGCAUGGGGCAAAGAGAACACGCUCUGCUUGUUCAGCAGAUCAACAGUCAGAAGGAUGAGAUACUGCAGACAGUGAGAGAGGACCAGAUGAGGCUGGAGGAGGGUCUGACGAAGCACCAGCGCUCUUUGGAGGAGGAGCGCCUGAAGCUGCUGCAGCAGUUGAAGCAAGCGGAGCAAGGCAUUGCCAGCCGUAUCCAGAAGCUGCUAGAGGACAACCAGAGGCAAAACCAAAAUUCAGACAUUCUGAAAUCCUUGGAGAAUGAGAGAAUAAGGAUGGAACAGCUGAUGGCAAUAACGCAGGAGGAGACGGAGCAUCUACGCAGAAGGGAAGUGGCCUCUGCCAUGCAACAAAUGCUGGCCGAGAGCUACAAGAACAAGCUCAUCCAGAUGACCUACGAGUCUCGUCGGCAAGACCUCGUCAACCAGGCCUGCUCCAGCCUAGCUGAGAUGGACCAGAAGUUCCAGCAAAUCCUGGCUUGGCAACAACUGGAUCAGAACAAAGCCGUUAGUCAGAUCUUGCAGCAGAUUGAGAUGCAGAAAGCUGCCUUUGAAGCUCUCCAGGUGAAGAAGGAUCUUAUGCACAGGCAGAUCAGGAACCAGAUUAAAUUAAUAGAAACAGAGUUAUUGCAGUUGACACAGCUGGAGUUAAAGAGGCAAGAACUGGACACAGAGACGCUGCAGGGGGUGAUCACAGAGCAACGCCAAGCGCUUGGCUACCUGCUGCAGCAGCUGCUCAAAGAGAAGAAGCAAAGGGAAGAAGAACUGCGACAAAUACUGGAGGAGGGCUUGGAGCGGCAGCUGGUGAACCUUCUCAUCGAGCUGUCUGCUGAGCAGUACGUGCCAGUCUUUGCACACCACCGACUGUCCUUGGAAGCGCUCAGCACCAUGACUGCCAGUGACCUGGAAAAGGUACGAGACACACAGGCUGGCCUGCAGCGUGCCAUCCUCAAGCGAGCUCAGGAGAUCCUGGCUGUGGCCAAGACAAUCCCAGAGCUGCUGAGGAUGGAGGAUGCUGAGGUUCCUGCCACCCUGGAACCCAGCGCUCCCGUCGAGGAGCCUCUGAGCCCUGCGGUCCCCACGGCUCCCCCGCUGCGGUGGGACGAGAGGAAGUCAGAGUGUGUUGUCUGCAUGGAGCAGGAG